AUGGUUGAUGGGAAGAAAUCAGCUCACAAGAAGGGAGCCAAGGAAUUCUUAAAGAAACUGACAACAAAGGGCGGCAAGAAGUGGCAAAGAUCGAGGAAGGAGAGUUACCCCAUCUACAUCUCCAAAGUGAUGAAGCAGGUUCACCCCAACACCGGCAUCUCCUCCAAGGCCAUGAGUGUCAUGAACUUGUUCGUGAACGAUAUUUUCGAACGCAUUGCGGGUGAGGCUUCCUGCUUGGCCUAUUACAACAAGCGCAGCACCAUCAGCUCCCGGGAGAUCCAGACUGUCGUGCUGCCUGGGGAACUGGCCAAGCAUGCCAUGUCGGAAAGGACAAAGGCGGUAACCAAGUACACCAGCUCCAGGCAAAACUCCACAAUGGACUGA